AUAUUAAAAAUUUUUUAAGUUUAAAAAAAGAUAAAUCUGGCCCAAAUUAGUUGAAAUGCUCAUUUAGAUUAGGAAAUACGACAUAAGUGAAAAUUAUUCGUGAAUGUAACUAACCAAGUCGGCAACAGCUGUGGAUUACUUCAUCACUGCAUUAAGAGCUAAAUAAUAAACAACAGAAAAUGCAAAGUUCCCAAUACUUAAAUCAACUACACACCGCCGACAAACUGUCUGAAGAACCGUGGCCAGAAGAUGCGACGCUCUAUCAGCCCUUUGAAGCAGAACAAAUUUUAUUACCAGAGAACGCUAGCUGCCUGGCUGUGAAGGCAUAUUUGAAGAUGUGUAAUUUGCCGUUCGGGAUACGCUCUUGCGCAAAUGCGGAGCACAUGUCACCCGGCGGACGAAUGACCAAGUUACCAUUCAUCCGCGCAGGUGCUUUCUUAUUUGCAGAGUUCGAGCCAAUAGUGAAUUUUGUGGAACAAAAAGAUAUGGCCAUAGGCAGCUGGCAGGAUGAGGACGAAAAAGCAGACAUGCGUACAUAUGUCUCGCUCGUAGAGAACAUCUUCACAAUGGCGGAGCUGUAUGUAAGCUUUAAAAACGAACGAGUCUACAAUGAGGUGACUGCACCUCGUAAUGGAGUCGUUUAUCCUUGGCCAUUGAAUUUAAUACAAAACUAUAGCAAACGCCGUAAUGCGCUAAGGCAACUGAAGGUCUAUCAGUGGCACGAUCUGAAUAUCGAUCAUGUCAUCGAAAAGGUGGCCAAAUGUUGUGAGACACUCGAAUAUAAACUGAAAGAAUCACCAGAUACACCUUUCUUCUUUGGUGAUCAGCCGUGUGAAUUGGAUGCCAUUGCCUUUGGUCAUUUGUUUACAAUUUUAACAACACGAUUGCCAAAUAUGGCGCUGGCACAAACUGUACAAAAAUUUGGUCACCUGGUGGAAUUUUGUCGCUUCAUCGAUGAGAAAUACUUUCAAAUGAGGUGCUUGCAAGAAUAGCUAUUAAAUGUUGUACACUUUCAAUAUUUUGUACACAUAAAUGGCAUAUAUGGAAAAAAUCAUAUUUCUUUAAGUUCCGUUUAUUUGUAGCUCGCAUUUAUGCACACCGCUUAAAACAUUUAACAAGUUUUAUACAAUAUAAUUAACUACCUUAU